AUGGCGCAACGAGGAGCCCGUGGUGGUGGUCGCAGUGGUAGUCACAUUAGUGGUCGUGAUGCUGGAGAUAGAAAUGCAUCCCAAUCAUACAAUGAUGCAGAAAGUCAACCUUCUUCUUCAGUUAGAGGAUCAAACAUCUUAGAACAAGUUCCAAGUAACCCAUCAAAAAGGAAGUUCAUUGAAGUCGAUUCUGAAAAGGAAUUUACGGAUCAGAUUUCAGUGAUCAGAGCCAUCACAUGUAUACUGAAGACGAUGUUUGACGGCCCAUGGACCUCAUGGAAGAAGGUUGACAAAGAACAUCGUGAUGCAAUGUGGGAACACUUCAAGGGUUUGUAUGUUUGGCCCGAAGAGACUGAUGUUCUUGCUCGCAAGGUAUGGGAAGACUGUAUGAAGAAACGAUUUCCUGACGUAAUGCGAAGAGCACGUGAAGCAUCUUUAAAACUUGCCAAAGCUGCAAAUGUGAAUGCCUCACUAGAAGGUGAUUUAAAUUUGCUAAAGGACUAUCGCCCAAAUUGGAUAAAAAAGGAGUAUUGGGAAAAAAUGAUCAAUGAAGUGUGGACCACAUCCAAAUGGAAACGUUUAUCACAAUCAGGGAAAAAUAACAGAAAUAAAUUAGAAGAUGGCUCUGUUUCCAAACAUACCGGGGGUUCUAUAUCUAUUCGUCAACAUAAGAAAAGAAUGCAAGCAAUCUUAAACGCCCUCCUACAGGAGUUGAACUUUAUGCAAGGUUGCACACUAAACGGUCUACUCAAGAGUACAUUACACCAAAGGCAGCUAAAGUUAAGGAGGCUUAUGAAAGUGCUAUGGUGGCUAAGUUUGGUGAUGAUACUAGUUGCCACCCCCUCUUGGAUAAUGAAACAUGGUGUGAUGUUUCCGGAGGAGUCAAGAAAGGAAGAAUAUAUGGAUUCGGAUCUGUCAUUGUACUUACAAAGUUUCCUAUCAUGGCAUUGUACUUGCAAAGUUUCCUGUCAUGGCAUUGUACUUACAAAGUUUUCUAUCAUGGUUGUCUAUGAACGUGUACGAAACGAGAUGCGUGGCGAAAUGGAUGCUAAACAUCAACAAAUGCAUGCAUGCAGCCUUGCAAAAUAUGAUGGGAAAUUGAAAAGUAAAGGAAUGAGAACCGAAGAUGAUUGGAUGGACAUGAAACGAAGAUAGCAGCUAAAAUGUUAUUUUGAAGGUUAAACUUUUUUCUGUUUGUACCUCUUUUGCAUACUUUGGAUUUCUUGGUUCUAAAAUGUUAUUUUGAAGUUAAAUCGUUGGGAGUUUGAUGUUAUGUGGAUAGUUUCGUUUUUGGAUGUUUCUUGAAUGACACUUUGGUAAACUUUGAUAAUUUUGGUAUUGUAAUGCUUGGUUGUAUCAUUAUUUGAUGUUCUUUAGUAUAAUAAUUUGAUGAUUGUAG